GGUAGUUUCGCUCUCUAUCGUCUGUAAGUCUGACAAGCGCGUCGGUCGGCCGUCGUUCUAUUUCCGUAGAAGUAGUUUGUUUUAUCGGUGCUCGACGUCGUCGAAUGCUGGCGAAGUUGGACAGGUUGUAGUUUUGGAGCCGUUGUUCCUUUAGGAUCUAUUCAACGAGUGCGCGCGCGAGUUGGAAAAGGGGAAGAAAACUUAUUUUUUUCUGCCGGUGAAAUCGCGUGUGCCUUCUGGUGUCCUGUUUGCGUGUCGAUGUACUGAUGAAAAUUGUGAAGUAAUGUGAAAUGAAAUUGUUUUAAAUUGGAUGAAUAUUGAGAGGAAUUUCGACUGUGGAAGUAGUUUGUGGAAAAACAUAGAUAUUAGAAAGUUAAAAAAAGUUAAAAACAGUGCGAUUGAUAGUUUUGACAUAUUAUCAGAGUGUGCUGUGAUUUUACCCCAGAUGGAUCCUGUGAAGUGAAAACAACAUAGUGAUUAACAGAACGAAGCACUGCGAAUUGAAAUAGUAAACCCAAACAAAAGUGUUGUAUCAACACUCGUGCACAGCCGUGUUAAGAUGGACAUCAAGUCACUGUCGGACGUACAGAAGCAGAUUUUCCACAACCUGGUCGAGAAGUUGAUUGCGCGCAACAAAUUUCCUGCGAGCGAGGCGGAAGAUGUUCAGAAGCUGCUAGAGAAUGUGCGCGAUGCGAAGAAUUUCCACAAGAUCAUGGAGAAGCUGAAGGAGUGCGGUCAGCUGGAUGUGGAUAUUGAGGAAAACUUUCGCGAAGAGAAUGGAUUUUUCCUGAAAGAUAGCGUGAAAAAGUUUGGACCCGGUGGCCAGACUCUCACCCCGAGGCACACCAUCGACGCAAUACUAGGUUUGAAUAAUUGUGAAAAUGGAGGCGACAGCAGUGACGCCACCGAUCUGAGUGCUUCCCCCCUCGGUCACAUCAAGGUGUGCGACCAGCAGCAAAUGCUUGCCAAAUCGGCUCCCGUCACGAGCCAAUACAUGAGCAGCCCCUCGCCAGAUAGGUUCCAGCAGUUGGCCAACUACCAGAACCACAUCAAAAAUCUCGACUUUGCUGCUUCGCUGGACCAAUCCGGUCUGGCAGCAGCAGCAGCUGCGGCUGCUGCAACGGGACACCACCAGUCACACCAUCCGGGACUACAUCCCGGGCACAACGCGAUGCCUUCCCAUGGCGAGAUGGAGUACAUGAAGUCAUUGAAAGAGAAUAACAAGUAUUUCGUUGAUCGGAACUACCGGGCUUCGCUGGGGUAUGGCAAUAGUAAGUACGGUGGAGGAGGUCCAGGCAGUGAAGAUGGAAAUAACGCCGUAAAUGAUUACGAAGAUGAUCUGUCCUCUCCGACGACGGUAGCCACGGCGGGUGCCCUGAAGCGCAGGUACUCGGACAACGACGAUCAUCUGUUGGACGGAGGGAGUGGCGGAGCUGGCAGCGGACCCGAUAGCAACCAGGUCGAGGGAUCCAUUAGCAAAUAUAGCAAGCUGCAUGACUCAGCCGAUAAAUCAAUUAAGGCUAAUAGCUUUGAUUAUAUGAAAAAUUUCGAUGAUCUACGAGCACGACAAGCGGCGGCGUUCGAUGCUGAACAGUACCUUCAACAGCAGCAGCAGCACCAACAUCAGCAGCAACAACUUCACCAACAAUCACUCCAUCAUCAUCAUCAACAGCAACAGCAGCAGCAACAACAACAGCAUAACAUUCAAUCUCAACAUCCUCUCCAACAACAACAGCAACAGCAGCAUCCUCCCCAUCCGCAACAACUAUCCACGGGGUCUUCGAUUGGCACAGUAGCCUCGGAGCACAGGCCCGAUGAUUACAGGCUAGGAGGGCCGAAUACCGUACCGGGUCAGGAGAUGCCGGACAAACUGGGCGAGGAUGGUGGUGUCAGCUAUGCUUCCAGCGAGGAAAUGAAUCAGACGGCAUCCAGUGAGCAGGGAGAGAAGCUGGGCUCCGGAAGUGAUGACGAGGGUGGCGAGGAUGGCUGCUCGAAAAAGAAACAUCGGAGAAACCGGACCACCUUCACCACCUACCAGCUGCACGAGCUGGAACGAGCCUUCGAGAAGUCCCACUAUCCGGAUGUGUACUCGCGGGAAGAGCUAGCGAUGAAGGUGAACCUACCGGAAGUACGCGUUCAGGUCUGGUUCCAGAAUCGACGCGCAAAAUGGCGCCGCCAGGAAAAGUCGGAAAGCUUGAGGCUGGGCCUGUCACAUUUCUCCCAGCUACCGCACCGGUUGUCCUGCAAUGGAGCGAAUCUUCCGGUCGAUCCGUGGCUGUCGCCACCCCUCCUCUCGGCGCUUCCCGGUUUUCUCUCCCAUCCGCAAGGCGUCUAUCCCAGCUAUCUAACGCCCCCGCUCAGCCUGAAUCCGUCUAAUCUAGGCAUGACAAAUCUCGGGCUGGGACAUCCAAACGGACCGCAAAACCUCAGAUUGUCCUCGCAGGGAAUGCCGACGAUGUCCCAAAUGGGUGGCCCCAAUAUGCGCCUAUCCCCGCCCCAUCCCAACGGAGCCAUGGCCCCGCAGAACCUAUCAAUGGCACCGCAGCAAUCGCUCACCCCUCGACACUCUCCGCUCGGUGGUCACGGGGCUCAUGGCGGGCAACCUCCACCACCGCAACCCCCACAGCUAGCUUCUGUAAAUAUACCCAUAACAUCAUCACCCCAAAAUCUAUCACUAACGCCACCUGGUUUAAGAUCGCCGCCAAGUUUAAGUAGCAGUACCUCCAACAACAACAACACCAAUAACAACAACAACAACAACAAUGUUGGCGCUGGCCACCCACUUAGCCCAAAUUCGUCAACCACCUCGUCGCCUACUUCGAGCUCGGGCCUAAAAAUGGGCAACCACCCGCCUCAGGAUAGUCCUCAGGAUGGCAGUGCCAUCGAACAACAGCAGCGGCUGCUUGGGCUAGGGAAAGAUAGCGGCGGCCCGGGUACUGCUGGAACCGCCCUCAAUAUGACCGUGAACCAUUCGACCGACAUGCGGACCAAUUCGAUUGCCACCCUGCGCAUCAAAGCCAAGGAACAUCUGGAGAACAUUACCAAGGGCAUGACCACGAUGGUGUAAUAGUUGGAGCCCGGCUGGCUCCCGAUGGUGAAAAUGUUUCCUAUUUAUUAUUACGAUAGAACUGUUAGAUAAGUUCCAAUAACAAAUAAGAGCAAAUGAUCUCCGGAAUGGUAGGCGGACAGCAAGCAAUGCAUGAUUGCUGGGAAGACAAAAGUACUAAUUAGAUAAUGGCAAAUUAUUGUUCAAUUCAAGGUGAAACUAUGCUUAGCGUGUAAAUAGCCACUCACUCUGUCAGGAGGCAAUCCGUUCUGGUAUGUGUAAUAAAAAAACGGCACAUUUUAGGCUAGGUAUAACAGUUAACAAUUGUACAUAGUGAAGCCGGUAUUUCGCAGGGCUUCAAGUUCUGGCACCGAGAAUAGUAACGUGAAUCAAGAUCAUUUUUUAGUGGCAAGGAAUAUUACAAUAAUUCUUCAUGUAUAUACUAGGUAUUAUUAGUAGCCUAAUUUUAAAACAACUAGCAAUGAAUGCUCUCAUUUUGUAUAAAAACUGCAAAAUUAGCGAACGUUGACGGCUGGAAAUUGCAAAUU